AAAAGGCAGAGAGCAUCAGUUCCAAAGUACCAAACCUCCAACCCAGCAAGCAAAGGCCUUUAUAAGCCUUUUUGCGCUUGCAAUCCCUCCCAAACUCCAAAACCCAAUUCCUCCUCUUCCCUUUCCUCUCUCCCACUGCCUCUGGUUCUGCAAUUCAUCGUUGUUUCAGCUGAAAGAAUCAAUCAGCAAAGCUGGCUGUGCAAAGCAAGAAAAGCAAGCAGCUUUACUGGAAAGCAGCAGCAGCCAUGGGGCUGCAACACCAUCGUUCAAAGAGCCAGCCCCUGUUUCUGGACGACGACGAGAUGGGUCUGGUUCUUGUCUUCACAAAGAAACCAUCUUCAACACCAUUACCAUCAACGGCAGCUGCAGCAAGACCCAAGCUUCUCACUCUCUUGUUCCUCUCCCUCGUCUCUGGCUUCCUUAUCCUCGCCCCACACUUCUUCCCCGCCUUCUAUUCAUUCGAUUCCAUGACGGCUACCGAUUCCAAUCUCCCCCUCUGCUCUUCCGUCGCCAACGGAACCAUAUGCUGCGACAGAACCAGCAUACGCUCCGACGUCUGCUAUAUGAAAGGGGACAUUAGAACUCAGCCUUCCACUUCCUCAAUCCGCCUCUACACCGGCGAAUCGCGCCAUCAGGAAGAAAAAAUCAGACCCUACACUCGAAAAUGGGAAACCAGCGUGAUGAACACCAUCGACGAGCUGAAUCUAAUCACUUCGGAAGAGAAGCAGCAACAGAACCACCGUUGUGACGUCACCCACGACGUCCCGGCCGUGUUCUUCUCCACCGGCGGCUACACGGGCAACGUUUACCACGAAUUCAACGACGGCCUGAUCCCACUCUACAUCACCUCCCACCAGUACAACAAAAGGGUCGUCUUCGUCAUCCUCGAGUACCACGACUGGUGGAUCUCCAAGUACUCCGACAUCCUCUCCCACCUCUCCGACUUCCCCGCCGUCGACUUCUCCGGCGACAAGAGGACGCAUUGCUUCCCGGAAGCCACCGUCGGGCUCCGCAUCCACGACGAGCUCACCAUCUCCCCUGCCCUGAUGCAGGGGAGCAACCGGACCAUCGUCGAUUUCCGCAACAUCCUCGAUCGCGCCUACUUACCUCGAAUUACCGGCCUAAUCGAAGAAGAAAAGCUCGAAUUGGGUCCCGCAAUUCGAUCCAAUUCAAGGCGUAACGCUCCGAAAUUGCUCAUCGUGUCGAGAACAGGGUCGCGCGCAAUCACCAACGAGGAAGCACUGGUGAAAACAGGGGAGAGGAUCGGGUUCCGGGUCGAGAUUCUACGGCCGGACCCGACCACCGAGCUAGCGAAGAUAUACAGGGCGAUGAACUCCAGCGACGUCAUGAUCGGGGUCCACGGCGCUGCGAUGACGCAUUUUCUGUUCAUGCGGCCGGGCUCUGUUUUCAUCCAGGUGGUGCCUUUGGGCACGGAUUGGGCGGCGGAGAGCUACUACGGCGGUCCGGCGACGAGGAUGGGGCUGAAGUACAUUGGAUACAAGAUUCUGCCGAGGGAGAGCUCUCUGUUCGAGAAGUACGGCGAGGAGGAUCCGGUGCUUCGCGAUCCAGAGAGUGUUAAUCAGAGAGGGUGGGAGUACACGAAAUCGAUCUAUCUCGACGGUCAGAAUGUGGCGUUGGAUUUGAAGCGGUUCGAGAAGCGAUUGGGGAGGGCUUACGGUCAUGUUGUGAAGAAUGUUGUGAGGAACCGGCGGGAUCGGCGGCGGAGGCGGCGAUCGGCGGCGUAGGAAGGUCGUCUGAUAUAUUGUUUGGCUUGUAAAUGACGGGAGGAAUUUACUAUUUAGGGAGGUAUGGUGGUAGGUGAAAGAAUAGGGAAAUGUUGGGUGUAUAGAUGAUAUAUGCGAAAUAAUAAUGAUGAAAUUGUAAUUUUUACUUCGGUUGAUUUAUAUGACACGAAACACGCUAUAUUCUUUCUCUUGAUUUUGACAAAUGGUUUAGGAUAAGUCAAUUCCACUUACGAGAUGAGGAUGAUUAGUGGUAGUAUUGGCCUAUUGGAGAUGAUGGAAUUGAUGGAUGUUAAGGGCUAAUGGUGAACAAAAUUGUGAUAAGGUUGAUCGUUUGUAUGUCAAAUGGUUGC